AUGGCCGACACCGAGUAUGCCGACUGGUCGCGAGACCAGCUGGUAUCGCGUGUUAGGGAGCUGGAGGCGCGCCUCAAUGAACAACAACAACAAAGGGAACCCUCCAAACCUUCUUCAUCCUCAAUUCCAUCCCCAUCCCCAUCCUCAACCACCGCCCCCCUCCCUCUCCCGCCCUCGUCAUCAACACCAACCGCCACCGGCCUAGCAGUGACUUCCACCACCAGCGGCGGCAAAAAACAAGCCAAGAAAUCGGCCAAAAAGAAGCCCGGCCGCCUCGACCCCUCCAAGUACGCCACCCGCCUCGUGGCCCUCAAGCUGGCCUACCUGGGCCGGCGCUACGGCGGCUUCGAGCACCAGCCGGGCUCGGCCGUGCCGACCGUCGAGGAGGAGCUGUGGCGCGCCCUCGUGCGCACCUGCCUGAUCUGGCCCGAGCAGCCGGACAAGGUCGACUUCGGCCCGUGGGAGUACUCCAAGUGCGGCCGCACCGACCGCGGCGUCAGCGCCUUCGGCCAGGUCAUCGCCAUCCGCCUCAGGAGUAACCGCCCGCUGGAUGCGGCGGGGAAGAAGGGAGGGGAUGAUAAGGGGAAGGAGGGGGAAGCGGGGGACGUUGAGAUGGGAGAGCGGGGCGAGGCAGGAGAGAUGGCGGGGGCGGCGGAUGGAGGAGCCAAGCCGGCGUGGGACCCGAUCGCCGACGAGAUCAACUACCCGCGCGUGCUGAACCGGCUGCUGCCGCCGGACAUCCGGGUGCUGGCCUGGGCGCCGACGCUGCCGCCGGGCUUUUCGGCGCGAUUCUCGUGCUGGGAGCGGCAGUACCGGUAUUUCUUCACCCAGCCGGCCUUCACGCCGCUGCCGGCGUCGCUGGACCCGGACGGCACUCGCGGCAGGGAGGGGUGGCUGGACAUCGACGCCAUGCGCCGGGCCGCCAAGCUGUUCGAGGGCGUGCACGACUUCCGCAACUUCUGCAAGGUCGACGGCGCGAAGCAGAUCACCACCUUCAAGCGCCGCGUGUUCGAGGCGGACGUGGUCGAGGUCGAAGGCACCGGCUCCGCGCUGCCGUACCUGGCCCUGCCGGACUUCAGGCCAGAAAAGCUUGCAGAACAAGGAGGCACGCACCCGAAGGUGUACUACUUCCACGUCCGCGGCUCGGCCUUCCUCUGGCACCAGAUCCGGCACAUGGUCGCCAUCCUCUUCCUCGUCGGCCAGGGCCUGGAGAAGCCGUCGAUCAUCACGGACCUGCUGGACGUGGAGAAGAACCCGCGCAAGCCAAACUACACCUUGGCCGCCGAGGCGCCGCUCGUGCUGUGGGACUGCAUCUUUCCCAAGGUCGACGACGCCAUGCGCAAGAGAGCGGCGCAAGAGGUGCACGACCCGGCCGCGGAGGCCCAGGCGGACCUGAAGGACGGCAUCGAGUGGGUGUGGGUGGGCGAGGACGAGCCGUCGCACCUGCACGGGCCGCACGGCCUGGUGGACCAGCUGUGGGAGUGCUGGCGCGAGCGCAAGAUAGACGAGUUGCUGGCGCAGCAGCUGCUAGACUCGGUCGCGCGGAAGGCCGACCUGAGCCGGCGGCUGGCCGAGCUGGGCGGGCCGCCGAGCAUCAGCCAGCGGGUGUUCGACGGCGGCGACUCGACCAAGACGGUGGGUACCUACGUGCCGGUGCUCAGGAAGCCGCUGCUGGCGACGCCCGAAGAGGUCAACGACAAGUGGGCGCAGAGCAAGGGGUUCGCCAGCGCGGCCGAGAUGCUCAAGACCAAGAAUUGGCGCAGAGUGAUCAAGGCUAACAAGAACGGCGGCGGCGAUGACGGCACCGGCAGCGUUGUAGACGACACAGAGAGCAUAGAUGAAUAA